AUGCAAGCAAGUCGCAGGCGAGCAGCUUGCGCGCCUUGCCACUGGCGCAAGGUCAAAUGUGACCUCGCAGCCUCGGGCACACCCUGCAGCAAUUGUCGUAAAGGGCCGGCACCUGACGAAUGCCGUACCCAUAUCAAGCGGAAGCGUCAAGGUGCUCGAGCGGUCGCAAUCGUUCCAGCUAACAGGCCUUCAACACAAGAAACACUUCAAAAUCAUGGCGUAUCCGCCGCAAAUCCACCUGCGGCGGUGCAUGCGGCUCAGUCAGCCGUGGUACACUCAGCACUUCCCGGACUGAACAAGGACGACUGCAAGACGCUGCUGGUCGAGUUCGUUGAGCAGCCCGCCAUUGACACGCGAGCUAUCGAUAAAGAUGCUCGCGUGACCUACAUUGGCACCGGUCUUUCAAACUUAAACUUUCUGGUUCGCCACCGGUCGAGCACCUCUGACGCCUGUCACCAUGCGAGCAAUCGCAUUGCCCGCCAGCAUACUUCGUACGAGCCCGAACGAUUACCUGCCGAGGCGCUGCAGCUGCCGGAGAAGACGCUCGUUGAUCGGCUGCUCGAGAUGUACUUCGGCCAUGUGAACGCCUAUUUUCCAGUUGUAGAUGAGCGUCGCUUCAUGGCGCAGUACGAUGCGAAAGACCCGCAAAACCCGCCUUCUCUGGUCUUAUUGCAGGCAAUGCUUGUUGCCGGUGCCCAUGUUUUCUACGUCGGCGACGAGCGUCAGGCAAUAAAGGCCACCUUCUUCCGCAGAGCGAAAAUGCUGGUGGACGCGCGGUUCGAACGCAAUCGAGAUAUCGUCGUCCAAGCAUGUUUGUUACUGACAUGGCACACAGACGGCGUGGAAGACGUUGCUGCAAACGCCUGGUUGUGGGUACAUAUGGCCGCUACGAUUGCCCUCGGUCUCGGUAUGCACCGCGAUGCUGAACCCAGUCGGCUUGUAGAACACAACAAGCGUAUGUGGCGAAGAGUGUUCUGGUUGCUGUACACCUACGACAUUUCUUUGAGCUUGCAGCAUGGGCGACCUCAAGUGAUCCGCCUUAAAGACUGCGACGUAGCAGAACUCAGAUGCACCGACUUCGAUGAGUGCGGCGAGAAUACUGCGACCGACUUUGUCGUACAGCGGACGAAUCUAAUGAGAAUACUGUCGGAGGCUGUCAGAGCUCGCUUCGCGCUUCGAAGCACGCCAGAGAGUAGAAUUCAGUCACUGCGCAAUGCAGACGAGAGGCUUGCGCUGUGGACACAGCAGUUGCCUGAUGAACUUAAGCUUCGACCGACAAUCACGCUCGGACUCCAAGCUUCCAUGCUUCAUCUCGCAUACAACAGCGGUCUCAUGCUACUGCAUCGCCCACGGCCGCCGGCGGAAGCAAACGGUGAUGAGAUGAGAAGAGAGGAUGCCGAUAUCUGCAGUGCCGCCGCCGCGCACGUACAGUCUCUGCUCGAAAGCCUCCGGGAACAGGACAUGCUGAAGUAUUUACCAAGUAACAGUGUGCACGUUUGUUUCACUGCACUGAUACAGCUGAAUGUGGAGUUGCGAUUAGCGAAUCCAAUCCUGGCAACUGCAGCUGAGCAUCGCUUUGGAUCGCUCCUGGAGUCUUUGCGGCACCUUUCUGCAAUCUGGCCACAGGCACUACCAAUCGUGUACUAUUUUGAACGUAUUGCCAAGCAUCGGAAGGACGAAGCAAGCGGGCAACACGCCGCACCCCAACAGCAAUGCCCUGAAACUGGCUAUAAUGACAGUAAUGGUACCGUGGCGCAGCAGUACGAAACUGGUAACAUCGAACACGCAUCGCUCGAAAACGGACUGGACACAGACUGGCAACAAUUGUUCGGCAACGAGCCAUUCGACUUUGUGACCGACAAUGCGGUUACGCAAUAUUGGCAGACAUGGCCAGCACAUUACUGGGAUGGUUCACCGGCUGAAAGCGUCAGUCCAAGUACGAACAUUAUGCUAUGA